UCGUCGGAAGUGAUGAUCACCUUUAUAUGUUGCUCGAGCCACCAACGAAGGUUCCAUAAAAAGAAAAAAUGAAACUCAUCAGAAAUCUCCUUUAUUUCUUUUUUCUAGAUGAUGAAGCAGGUGCAUCAACUAUUUGGCACCCUAACUUUACAGUUAUAGCAAAACAGCACGGUCCAACUGAAUCCCCUUUAGGAUCAUAAUCAUAAGAAAAAAAUCACCUCCGACUAUGAGAUAAAUCAGUUCAGCCUGACAAGAAGAAAAGUGAAGACCAAAAGUUUAAUAAGUUUUUCUACAAAAGAUAUAGAAUACAGACGUGUGAUCCCGAGUUGGAGCAGUGCUGGCCCCUCGGGUUGGAACAGGUCUGACCGUGCCGUUCGGUUUAGAAUAUCUUAAUAGAAUACAAAUAAACGGGAUGCGCUCCUCGACGCCCCAUAAAUUACCAACUCAGCGCACAUACCAGGCCAGGCCCUUCUUGUACCUUUUCUUCGCGUUCUGCGAAACCGAGCAGCACAAUCGAACCUGUUGCCUGCCCCUCACAAUCAAAUAGGUUAGAUUACAAUCGCUCAAGGUCUGAUCUGAGUAUUAAGGAUGUAUACCCUAGAUGGUUUUCGAUUUAUAGUAUCCAAGUUCAGUAGUAUCCUGUUUGAUAUGAAGAUGAUGGAGAAACUGUGAUUUAUAUUGUCCAUGUUCAGUAGUACUCUAUCCGAUUCGAAGCUGAUGGAUAAGCCACGAUUUGAAGCAUCCAAGUUCAUCACUCUAUUUGAUCCGAAUUUGAUGGAGAAGUCACCGCAGGACCUGCCGUGCCGUUCAAUGUUCUGUGGCUUUGCUAAUCUAGAGGUACCAGACCUUGUGCGUGCUGGAUCAGUCUACUCCUCAUGGUGUGACGCAUAGAUCAGCCUAUGCAACAGUGGGUCUUGCAACCCUCAGCAAACACCAUGUCGUCUCUACACCUCUGAGUCUUCAGCUUGUCUGUACUGCUGUACAGACUUGCAGAGAGGAAGGUACAUAAUUGUUUAUAUUAUGAUAUAGGGAACAGAAAGCAUGUAUUUGCAACGUACAUAAAUGUCUUACCAAUAUAAAUCUAUACACACAAUUGACAAAAACAAUGCAAUAUAACUUCAUUUGUAUUUACCUGAAUACCUAUUACAUCUACUUUGGAAUCAUAUAGAAUCCUUGCAGAUAUCUGCAAGAUGAUUAACAGACUAACCUUUGCACAUAAUUUACGAUGAAGAUGUAGCUCUUCCCAUAGUGACAUACGCAGACGUGGGAGUCGCAGGCCACGCUGGAGGCCCGCAUCUCCGCAGAGAGGCAGAAUGCGUCGUGCUGUCGGCCGGCCCUCGCCAGCGAAUCGACGAGCAUGGUCUACGAGAACUCGGUCCUGCGGGGCGUUUCGUCGAGCACCAGCUCGAGGCGGUCGGCCUUGGCUUAGGCAUUCGAGAGCGCCAUAGAGACAAACACGGACCAACGUUGGAGGAGGACGCCACCACAGGAAGAUGCGAGGGGUUUGGCUGAGUUUUGAGUCUGGGCUUGGGCGCGAGGGUGCGGUUUCAUCGCUCCAGGCGGCAGGGAGACCGGGUCAGCGGAGGGUGCGGUGGCGGAGGGUCGCGCGGAGGUCGCGAUUCGCGUCAGCGGGGGCUGCGGCUCGCGCUGAUUAGGACGACGCACGAAGAGAUUAGAUUAGAACGGACUUUUGGAGAUAGAGAUAGAGUCCGACUCCGACGGUAACAGAAUUCAACAAACUCCCUCCACGCCCUUAUAAAUUACUACCUCAAGACGCACAUACCAGGUCCCAUACCUUUUCUUCCCGUUCAACACAACCAAACCUGUUGUCCACCCCUUACCAGCCAUCUAGCCUGUAAGUUCACCCUCCAGGAUCGUUAGUUCCUAGUCGCUAGUUCCACGGGUCUAAUCUGAGUAUUGAGGAUGUAUACUGUUGGUGGUUUUCGAUUUAUAGUAUACAAGUUCAGUAGUACCAUGUUUAAUAUGAAGCUGAUGGAGAAGCUGCGAUUUAUAUUGUCCAAGUUCAAUAGUAAUCUAUCUCAUCCCAAGCUGAUGGAUAAGUCACGAUUUGAAGCAUCCGAGUUCAACACUCUAUUUGAUCCGAAUACGAUGGAGAAGACGGCGGAGGACCUGUCGUUCGAUGUUCUGUGGCUUAUCUUUGCUAAUCUGGAGUUACCUGACCUUGUGCGUGCUGGAUCAGUCUGUUCCAUAUGGCGUGACAUAUACACGAGCCUAUGCAACAGUGGAUCUUACAAUCCUCAGCACACACCAUGCCUUCUCUACACCUCUGAGUCUGCCGGCGCAAGGGCAGCUUGCCUGUAUAGCCUUGCAGAGAAGAAGACCUACACGUUAACUCUGCCGGACCCUCCUCUCCGUAGCAGGUACAUCUUUGGCUCGUCAUAUGGUUGGAUUGUCACCGCUGAUGAGAGGUCUGAGUUGCAUAUUGUAAACCCCAUCACCGGCGACCAGAUUGCCUUGCCAUCUGUCACCACCAUUGAUCAGGUGAAGCCAAUCUUUAGUGAUACUGGAGUCGUUUGCGGUUAUGAGCACUCAGGGUACUCUGGGGUGUGGAUGGCUUCAAACAUACCGUCCAUAUUUGACCUCGGUGAACUACGCGACUACCUCUUCCACAAGGUCUUCCUCUCUUCGGAUCCAUCUACAGGAGACUACUUUAUGGUGCUCAUCCAUAACCCACACUACCAGCUUUCCUUUGCAAGGGCAGGGGAUGAUAAAUGGACUUGGUUGCCACAAGGUGAUUGCUAUGAGGAUUGCUUAUUUAAUGGUCAAUUGUUGUAUGCCUGCACUCAACUAGGAGAAAUCCAUGAAUUUGAUCUUGGUACCCCAGCAAUCACGCACAAGAUAUUUUUGGGUCGUGUUAAAGAUGUCUAUGACGAGAGGAUUUACAUCGUUCAAGCUUCAUGUGGUCAGCUGCUGCAAAUAUGGAGGUCCGACAAUACUAUAGAAGAAGGGGAUGACGAAGAGGAAUAUGAUCCAGAUUUUGGACCUGACUUGCCUUGGCAUAGUACCUCCAUGAUCAAAGUUCAUAAAGUGGAACCAACUUCAAAAAAACUUGUUGAGAUAAGUAGCCUGGGUGCGAAUGUGUUGUUUCUUGGGCACAACCUAUCACUUUGCCUCCGUGCGGAAGAACAUCCACAGCUGAAAGCAAACCAUAUCUACUUCGCUGAUGACGAACCAUAUACAUAUUUCAAGAAUAAACGACGUGAUAUUGGUGUAUUUGACUUGGAACGUAAUUGCAGCGAGAAAAUAGUAUCUCCUCAGCUUUGGUCCAACUGGCCAGCCCCAGUGUGGUUAGUUCCAAAUCCAAGGCGUAUAGGCCUAUCAUUGUGCAAGUAGAUAUACAGAAGGUGUUUCUAUGUAUUUUGCUUCAUACAUCUUUAACUGCGUAUAUAUUCAAUAGCAUGUUGCAUAUGCGUGCAUUUGUCACGUUUUCACGAAAGUUUCAUAUAAACAUGAAAAGAUGCCAUCGUUUGUUAUAACUUAAAAAUACCACCAUUUUUCAUUUAUACCUAAGUAACAUGAGGCGUGAUAAUCAAACUAGGCAAGGACGAAGGCACAUCUGCCUAGAAACUGGAGUUGAUCGAUUACUGUGGUGCCCGAGCCUGCAGGCACGACGACACAACGAUGUCGUGGUGGCCUGGCUAGUCCCCUCCGAAGUAGGAGAGGAUCCAACCAGCGAAUGCAUAGACAAGUGCCACUGGGACGCAGGCGAAGACGAGCACCACCAUGGUUAUGCUUGACGUCUCCGCCCUGCACUUCAAUAAUAAUCGAUCAAACUAAUACUAGUGUAGAUAACAAAGUGAGCUAAAUAAAAAUCUCUUUUCUAAAUAUUUAGCAGCACAUCGUCAUUUCGGUAAUUUUAGUAUAAACGAGGAAUGAUAAAUUUCUAGUUAGUUGUCUUCAGCCGAGAAUGAUCAAUGACUUUGUCAACAACCCAAAUCAUUGAACCAGCAUGACCAAAAAAGGUGUUCCUGUAAAUUUCAGUCAGUUGUAAUCGUACAAUACAGAUAUGGAACAAACUAGAACAAGUCUAGACACAUCCAUUGUUGUACCACAAAAUGAUCAUGUUAUUUAUUAUUGGAUCUCAAUCUCAACUAUGGCUACUGGUUAAAAAUCAUAAAAUUUAAACAUACUUUAGAACCUAACAUCAGCAUGUAUUUGUUUUCCUCCUAAAUUAUAUAAGUUGGAUUAUGGUGGAAGGGUAGAAGGGUAAAAUAUCACUUUGAGACUACGGAUAAGCUAAAAUAAGUUGGCAUUGGGUAGCUUAUUUCAGCUUAUUUGUGAUCCCAAAGUGAUAUUAUACCUUCUUAUACUUCCAUAAAAAUCUAACUUAUAUAAUAUAGGGAAACAAAUAGGGCCUCAGUCACAUGCAAUUCAUCAAAGACACAUGAUGAAAUAUUAUGAAACCCUAUGGCUUGGUUCAAGCCCAUAUAUGGGAGAAAUAUUAUGAAACAUAAUAACCAAUUCAUCAAAGUAUAGUUUGAUUCAUGCAAAAGAGGGCAGCCACCACGCAAGAGUAAGUUGUAUCAAUAUAAAUCAAUAAAACAUAAGAAAAACAAUGGCCAUAUUCUACAACCUCUAUAAGACAUAAUAAAAACACUGAAACGUAAACAAAAAUGUAAUCAUCUACUUCUUUGUUUUCCAAAAGUUGCAGCCAUCCAUGAGACUCUUGCUGCUUUCACAUGCUCAAAAUUUUCUAAAAUUACACAAUGUAAAAAUGAUGUGUGCUACUUAUACUCAAAAUCAAACUGUCAUAGUAUGGUCAGUUAUCUGACACAGUAUAGUUUGACAAUAAAAGAAAGGGAGAUGCAGGUUUAAAUGAGUGUGUGUUCAGUAAUUCAUAAACUCUAGAAAAAUAGACUAAGUAACAAGUACCUAGUAUGCCAUUUAAACAGCCCAGUUACAUGAUUUUAGCCACCACCAAGAAGCACAACAUGAAACACACAUGCUUUGGAAGCUCAUUACCCAAUUGCUAAAACAUAACGAAUAGUCACCAUAAAUCAAUAUGAACCAAAAAAGAACUUAUGUAUAUGAAGCAUUGUAGUUUAUGUGAAUAUGAUAACAUAUUAUCAAGUGUAGUAUGAAACAAAAACAUAUGACCUCAUUAAAUAUCGCUGCAUAAACCAUUCUACAAGGGCUCAGCAUCACCUUCGGUCAAUCAUAUAAAUCAUGCCCUCCUUUCUUCUUUUGGUGCCCAAUUUACUCAUCCUAUUUUGAGUGGAACUAUGACUGUUGUCAUAUAUCCAAGUGACAAUCCUAGGCACAACCACAAACAAAAAGAGAUGAUUAAACAGUCUUCCAGACAUGAUCGCUCAAUGGCAUGCAAUUCCAAAAAAGGUUGAGCAUCAUCGCCCUUUGUCAGCACUCCAUUUCACGUAUUCGGGCUAGUUUCCAUGUCCCCAAGUACAUUUCACUUGCAGUGGUCAGUGGAUACUUUUACCCAAGUGAAUAAAUAGGAUACAUAUAACUUAGGGGUGUUUGGUUUGUAGGGACUAAUUUUUAGUCCCUCUAUUUUAUUCUAUUUUAGUCCCUAAAUUACCAAAUAUGGAUACUAAAAUAUAAUUUUAGUUUUUGUAUUUGGCAAUUUAGAGACUAAAAUAUAAUAAAAUGGAGGGACUAAAAAAUAGUCCCUAGAAAUCAAACACCCCCUUAACCUCACCCAAAUGCAAAGUACAAUAAAAGAUCUUCAGCUUUAUUUGAGAAACUUUGCAAAUAGAACUGACAAGGUUGAUUCAGUAAUCUGGAUGUUCAUCUUGAGAGGGAUGAGGGAGGGGAGGACGAGGAUGGCUGGUAGGCUAGCUAGGGCCUAGACAGGCUCCGAGCUGGCCAUGACCGCGAGCGCAUCGACUUCUGCGUGUGUGAGGCGGAGGUGUUGCAUCUCGAUGACGAGCAUAGAGUAGAUCUGCCCGACUGGACCUCCACCUCAGGACCGGUAGACUGGGUAGGACGCACUCUGUCGUGCCAUGGAGCUCAUAGGCUCGUCUUGCGGAUGCACAGUUCGUGAUUAGCGUCGUCGUGAUGUUCCCCGUGAGGGCUCCAUCACCGGACUUGUGCCUGGUCGACGCCGGGAAGGGGAGCACCGUGGUGGUGGCCAUGGGAGUGGGAAACGAAGGCGUGGACGCUGGCUGACCAACACCAGUCAUGGGAAUUGAUGUUGGGGAGCUCCAGAUCGAGGGGGAGAGAAACGGUUCCCCUUGGAUAGAGGGCAAGGUAGAGGAAGGCGUUGCAGGUGAUAGGGGAUGGUUGUAGCGGAGGAAGGGGGAAGAGGAGGGGGAAGCGUUGAAGGGAGAGGAAGAAUAGGGGAAAGGGAGAGGAAAUAAGAAGAAGGUGAAGAGGAAAAAAGAGGAAGAAUAUGAAAAAAGAAGAUAAUUAGCUUCUACCCCCUCCAUGGAUCCUGGAUCCGCCAUUGGGAGAGAACAUCCAUUUGCAAUGGCUAGGGUCUCCAGGUAUGCUAUGAAGUAGGCCAGUGCCAAAACCCAUGUGGCUUCAAACAGCCAGCGAAUGGAUCAGUAAAAUAACUAAAAUAAAUAAAUAGUGCACCUUGUCAUCUUUUACUAAAUUGUGUAAAAUCACAUACACAAACAAUAGGUAGAGAGACUUUACAACUCUUAACACAAAUUCUAGGAGUCACAAAACUGAAUAUUGUUCCCAUUUCUAAGCUGGUGAAUAAAGAGUUUUAUGACACACUCUGCCUAUUCAGAAAAUUAGAUGCUUCCUAGGAAUCUCAAAAAAUAAUUCUGAAACUUUGCAUCAAUCACUUGAGAUUGUUGAUGCGACUCUUAGAGUUGGGAUCAAAUAUCUCUAUUAAGACUUG